AUGGCCACGUCGCACCUGCUGCCGUGGCUGUUCCUGCUGCCUGCGCUCUGUGGGCCGGGCACUGCUGUCGGGACCACCUCAUCCCCGGCCUGCGCCCAAGGCCCCGAGUUCUGGUGCCAAAGCCUGGAGCAAGCAUUGCAGUGCAGAGCCCUAGGGCACUGCCUGCAGGAAGUCUGGGGACAUGUGGAAGCUGCUGAACUGUGCCAGGAAUGUGAGGACAUCACCCACUUUCUCAUCAAGAUGGCCAAGGAGGUCAUUUCCCAGGACACGAUACGGGAAUUCCUGCAGCACGAGUGUGACGUCUUCCCGCUGAAGCUGCUGGGGUCCCAGUGCCACCUCAUGCUGGACACCUACUUCCCACUGGUCAUCAGCCACUUCCAGAGCCACAUGAACCCGAAGGCCAUCUGCGGGUCCUUGGGCCUGUGCAAACGCGGGCAACCAGAGCCAGGGCAGGAGCCAGAGCCGUCAGGUCCCCUGCAGGACAAGCUGGUCCUCUCCAUGCUGCCUGGGGCCCUCCAGGAGAGGCCCGGGCCGCAGACACAGGAUCUCUCCGAGCAGCGGUUAUCCAUUCCCAUGCCCCUUCCCUUCUGCUGGCUCUGCAGGAAGCUGAUCAAGCAGAUCAAAGCUAAGAUUCCCAAGGGUAUGCUGGUACAAGUGUGCCACAGGAUAGCCCCGGUGGUGGGCGGCAUCUGCCAGUUCCUGUCCAAGCACUAUGUCGGCACCCUAAUAAACACACUGCUGGACCGCGUGCUGCCCCAGCUGCUCUGCGGCCCCACCCUCCGGUGCUCCAGUGAGGACGGAGCUGGCCCAGCCCUCACCGCUCUGGGGUCCCUGCCAGGAGAAUGGCUACCGCAAGACACUGAGUGCCAGCUCUGCGUGUCUGUGACCACCCAGGCAGGGACGAGCAGCGAGCAGGCCAUGCCACAGGCAAUGCGCCAGGCCUGCCUGGGCUCCUGGCUGGAUAGGCAGAAGUGUGAGCAGUUCGUGGAGCAGCACGCACCCCAGCUGCAGACCCUAGUGUCCGGGGGCUGGGAUGCCCACACCGCCUGCCAGGCCGUGGGGAUGUGCAUGACCCCGAUCAGUCCUCUCCAGUGGGUCCACAGACCCGACUUCUGA